AUGACACAUCAAUGUUUGAAAUAUCUCGCCUCCUCAGCCGCUCUUGUAUCCACACUGGCUUUUCCUUCGCCAGCAGCUGACGACUCGCACGAAAAUUGGUCGUCGCAUAAAUCGAAAUUCUCCCCGUGGACCCCUACUCCAAAACCAUCCACAAUGGACGCAGGAACACAAACCAACGAUUUGCGUACUACUAGAAAUAACAAUAAUAACAAUAAUAAUGAAAACUAUGGCAGUUUAAGCCCUUCAGACAUCAGGUACUUGGAAACGAUCACAAAUUUAUCCCAACAAGCGUUGAAUAAUGUAAGGAGCACUCUGGACACACUGAACGGGAUGGAUCCGCCGAUAACACAACAGCCAAGAGCACAAUAUCAAGUUGGAUGGGGUAAUCAACCAUAUCAGCAGAAUUCGUGGACGCCACCGCCAUAUCCAACGCUUCCGCCUGAUUCUCAUCCAACGACUCCUCAAUACUAUGAUCCAUACUAUGGUGGAGAUCACAAAAACAAUGAACGAGGUGGUGUGAAUGCAGUUGCCCUGGGAUUGGGUCUCGGUAUCCCAUUGGGAGUUAUUGCAUGUGCUCUGGCGGUAUUCAUAUUUUUCUGGUGCAGGAAAAGGAGGAGGCAGAAUAGGAAUCCGUUCCCGGUACCGUUUGCCAAAAAGGGAAACGACUAUGAAACACAGUUGGAUAGUCCGGCGUAUUCCAUAAGCUCAUCCUACACAAGAAUUAUGAGAUCAGUUGUCUCAGUUCCUUUGAAUGAUAUCAAAAAUUUGUCAACUGGGCGCAAACACAGUGUGAAAUUUUUAUUUGAGUCGAUAGUUUCUAAUUUGCAUUUCAUGAUCUUUCUGAUCUGUUUCACAAGUUGUACUCCGGAAAAUUUCAGACAUGACCCUUGGCUGCUUGAUAGAAACAACCUGGAAAUCAACUACUCCAAAAAACUUGGAAGCGGUGCUUUUUGUAACGUUUUCAAAGGAAAAAUCAACGGCGAAGCCCCGGUUUCCACAAUCCACCCCGGUCAGCGAACACAACAACUUCGCGACUGUCCCGUUGCUGUCAAAAUGCUGCCAAGCUUUGCUGAUGAUGCCGCCCGAUCGGAUUUCAUGCAGGAAAUCAACUUCAUGAAGUCACUCGCCUAUCAUCCACAUCUGGUUUCUAUGCUGGGAUUUGUAGCUGAUCGGAAAUCACCGUAUCUGUUGGUUGAGUUUUGUGAACACGGAGAUUUGUUGCAUAUGAUUCGAAAUCGCAAGCAAGAAAUUAUUGAUGGACCCGCAGUAUCCCUAGACGGGCUGAAAAUCAAAGACCUGUUGAUGUUUUCCUGGCAGAUUAGCAAUGGACUUGAAUACCUAAACAACAUCGGAUGUAUUCAUCGUGACAUCGCCGCACGUAACGUGUUGGUUGACUCAUCGAACACCUGUAAAAUAGGGGAUUUCGGAUUGUGCAGGUUGACAGAUUCACUUUUGUAUACCGCAAGAGGUGGACGGCUACCAUUGAAAUGGAUGGCUCCUGAAUCAUUAUCUUCCUACGAGUACUCAUUUAAGAGUGAUGUAUGGUCCUAUGGAGUUUUGCUCUGGGAGCUCUUCUCUCUUGGUGAAGUUCCAUAUGCUGAAGUGCAGACAACUGAGCUGCUCACGACUCAUAGAUCUGGAAAACGACUUUUGAAACCGGAAUAUUGUCCAGAUGAAAUCUACGACGUGAUGAGGUCCUGUUGGCAAGAACUCCCGGAUGAUCGUCCAGCUUUCCAACAAACCUGCUCAAUUCUGGCACAGAUGCUGGAAAAAGCAACCGAAAACUAUGGAUAUCUGAUACCAAAGCAUUUCAAUAACCAGACAAGAGACCCGUCAGAGCAGUGCGACAAUGUGUAG